CUGUUGGUGAGGGCGGGGGGGGGGAGGGUUGGAGAUGUGGGGAAGCGUCACUAAAGGCAGCGGCCGAGGGUGAAUGAACUGGGGUGCCUGGAAUUGCUUGUGCACGGCCUGAGAGCAACCAGACUCGUGUGGAUAGGAACACGCACAUCACAAUCUACCUGACUUCAUACCACCCGUUUCUCUCCAGCAACAGAAACCAGCCUCCUACAAGGCCCCUGAAAUCGCCCACUGCUCCUCCCGGAGGAAGCCUUAUCCUGUCUCACCCAUUUCCUGAGGGCCUUUCGUAGAGCGAAUCCACUGCCUUUGACUAAUAAGUUGAGACAGCCUCCCAGCGUCAGAAGGCCUUGUUGGGUGAGAUUAGUCCCUUAAGCUUGCUGAAGUCGAGAUUUCCGGACUCCUGUGAGCUGGGAAAGAAAUGGGCUGCAAGUGCUGGAAGUGCUCGUGCUCCGGGGCCCAGACAUCUGGCAGCGGUGGAGCUAGCACCUUUACAAGCCCUCCGGUGUGCGGGAGAUCCAUGAACUAACGCGCCCUUGCCGAAUUCUUUGAUGUCCUCUGCGGAGAUGGAAGUUCUGCCUGCGGUUUGCCAUCUCCUAAGGCAGCCUUGGGCAAGCGAGGCUCAGGAGGGGACCGCGUGAGUGGCCUCUAUCUCCGUGGGCCGCAAGGUUUGCCAGCUGUGCUUGCCUACCUAGAACUGUGGGCGGUGCUGAUCGAACCGCAGCAGCGUUGUGAUUGGCUGCAGAGGGAGCAUGCGGCUCAUAGUCAGUGCUGUGUGCAAUCAGCACGCACCUCACUUUGUGUGCCCUGGCUGUACGUGUGCGCCGCUUUAGUAAGACCAGUAGGAAAAAAAGGAUGCGGCUGGAAACCAGCAGAAUCUGGCAGCCCCGCGCAUGGGCAAUGGUAAACCAAAUGUCUCGUGGGCCACAGAGAGCCCCGGUGGGCUGCAGGCUGCCCCCCACUCUCCUAAGGGCCUGGGAGUCUGGACACCUGGGUUCUGUUCCCAGUUCUGCCAGACAUUGUGUAUGAACUUGGCUAAGUCUCUUUGCUGCUGGAUGACUCGGCUUCCUCCUCUGUGAAAUAAUGGCGCCCUCACAGGGAAGUUGAGGCCUAGCCCGUGUUUGCGCAUUGAAAGGCCCGGGAAAAGUGGCAAGUGGCAAUGCCUGUGGCUGAGAGAAGAGGGGGGUGGGUUGUGUUGUGGGGACACUAAAUGAGAAAGCAUCACAGGUAUUUUACGGCUGGUCUGGGCCUGAGCAAAGGAGACUGCCUUUGCCAACGUAGUCUGCACAAAUGGGGCAUCAGUCUGGACCAUGUCCUGCCAUCCUGCUGCUGCCCCAAUCGGCACCACGUAGGCUAGCUGCUCUUGGUGAGUCCGCAUCCCAGGCAGGAGGAGCCUUCAGAGAAAAGUGGUCUCUGGCAGGGAGGGGAAUGGGAAAUGCCCAUUGCUCCUUGAGAGCGUGGAGCCGUGAGGACGGGCUCAGCAGCGGUUCAGCAGCGUGGAGGAGGAGCUGCGUCAGACAUCCCAGAAGACGGCCUUCCAUUCCGGGGUGGGGUCCCUCAUCACUGAGAUCAAAGGACAGGGGAAGCUCUUCUGCUUGCCAUUUUCCUCUGUGGUCAGCCAGGAAAUUGAGGGCGAUGGAGGACUCACUGAAAAGCCCCCCGAUUAGCCACGCAGCCCAUCUCUCGCCUGGCAAGGAACGUCUCUCGUCUUUCUCACAAAAGGCCUGCGAAAGGUGGGUUCUCCGAGAAGCAAAUCGUAAAUGGGGCUUUGCUAGGAGAUAAAAGUCAAGUUUGGGGAGAGGCUAAAAUAGUUUGUCCGAGAAGGACUCUGUGUGCACUGCUUGAAACUUCUGUGCAUUGUCUGUCUGCCCACAUCCCGUAAACGUGGGAAAUUCCCUUGGUCUGGAAACCAACCCGGGCAAUUCUGGAGGACAGGAGCCCGAGGUCGUUACAAAUCGCCGUCUCAGCACUGCCAAAGGUUUGGGAAAGGGACUGUGAACGCUAGUGAGUCACCUGGCGGGCUGCAGUGUUCCUGUUGCUGAUUUAUUUAUCCUUGGGUUCCACUCCUCCCUGCCUGACGUUCCCCUGCAAGUGCCGUUGAUCAAGGAGACAAGUGACUGUGCCAGUUCUAUUGAUUAGAAUAAAUUACUAGCAGCUCAUUUAUGGACCUCGCCGAAGCGCUUUUGAGGUGGCGGACUGUGCUCUAUUGUUCAGUAAAUUGGGUUGUCAGAGAAAGCUAUUGUUACAAGUAUUGUUACCUUUUAUUGUUACUGUUCUCACACUGCGAUACUGGCCAGCCUCGUGGAAAGAUGAAAAUCUCUCUUGCCAGUUUGCAGAGUGUCAUGAUGGUUCUGAGGAAGAGAGGGAUGAAAUCUCUCCCUACCCGCAGUGGUUGUAAAAAGCACAUCCCUGGUGCUGUAUAUGUAUUGCCCACCCACAGUUUCUGUAGGGCUAAUGACCUUCCUUGGACUUGCAAGCUCAGGGAAUUUGCUAGUGACCAGCGAUUGCAGGUUGCAGGAAAACUGCUGCUUAGUACGCUGUCCCCCAGCAAUGAGAUUCGGAAGCCAGAAUUUUGCUUGCAAUUGGGUUGGCGAUGCUUGAUUUUUGCCAGUCAGCUGAGAAGGUCGGAUUCGUUCCUGGGCAGCAAGCAGAGAGUAGUUUUAAUACACCACUCUGCUUCUGGAAGGGUACGGCAUUUGCAAAAGCAAGCAAACUGCUAGCAAAGAGUCUUUCUAAGCCAAAAUGGAAAUGCCGUUCACCAAGCAGACACUUAAAGGGGAGGUCUGUGACUAGGCCUUCAUGCUGGAGAGCUCUUAGAAGGGUCCUGCCUUUUGUUUCAUUGCAAUGCCUUGAAAUGGGAAUUUUCAUAUUGAGAUUUUACUGCAAAGAAGCCUUUCCGGUGAACACUCAUCCAUUUGCUUUGCUGGUGCCGUCUUCCUUCCUUUGUUGCUUUUUGCAGGUAUGCUAUUUAUCUAGGUUCCUUUGGUGCUGGCCCACACUUGUUCUCCCAAGAAGAAUGAUGGCACUUAUACCUCAUUAUGACUUACGAUGGGAAAGUCAAGGGGGCGGGGAGGAGCUUUUAAGGAUUGCAUUUUAGAAAAGCGGGAAUGCUGGCGGAGGGGCAGUUGCAGAAGGGUUUGGAAGAACAAGUGGGCUUGGCCUUUAGCUCUUAACAACGUGAGAUUGGUGGUGGCCCUUGGUGGUGGUGGCUCUGGAUCUCAGCUGGUGGUGGCCCUUGGUGGUGGCGGCUCUGGAUCUCAGCUGGUGGUGGCCCUUGGUGGUGGCGGCGGCUCUGGAUCUCAGUCUGGUCAGCUGAUGUGGGAAGGUUUGGUGGCACAGGGGGAUACCUCCCUCAGGACCCAUUCCCAGCCCUAGAACUGUGCUAUAGUCGUAUAACUAGGGUUGGUUCUUUUUCCAUUUGUGUUAAUACAGGUGUGAAUGAAUCGGUAUCGUCCUCAGUUUGAGUGCCCUGGCCACGUGCCCCGAAAUUCCUUUUCCAGGGUAGAACUGUCCAGGGUCUCUCUGCCUGUGGCCUGAAUUGGGAUGAGAAGAUGCAGCCAGUGGCGAGCCAUAAGCCCUAGCCUGUAAAUUCAGAUCUACGAGGCUCGGUCCGCACAGUACCAGUGUCGCCCACCAGGAAUCCCGAUAGCAUCCUCAGAGACCCAUUUAAAGAGACAUGGCUCUUGAAAGAAUCAUUCGAGACUCUCUGAUGUGCUUCAUCCAGUCCCACAUCCCUGCGGCCGAUCUCAGCGGGAUGGAUGACGUCGUCUUCUCCUACAUCGCUAGCGUCCUGGAAGAACUAAGCUCUCCCGAGCCGUCCGAGGAGAACUUUGACAUGGACACUUUCGUGGAAAUGAUGGAGGCCUUUGUCCCUGGCUUUGCAGAAAUCGACAGCGGGAGCGUGUGCGAGAUGAUGUUUGCCCUCUCGGCACGGCUCAGCGAAGCUCGCCGCAGAGAAAGGGUUUGCCAAACGGCUGUGGAGAGUGCGAGCAGAGCCCCUGCCGAAGAGCUGGAGCAGAGCAAGGAGCAGAGGGCCGGUGCUUCUGAGGAAGCCGCAGAGGGAGCCGUGGCUCAGGUGGACCUGCUGCUGGAGAUGUUCCCAGCCUGUACCCUCCAGCAGGCUCAGACGGCCCUGGCCAUGGCGCUGGGGAGCCUGGACGAGGCAGUGCAGUUCCUGGUGGAGGAGAAGACGGGCCCAGGGGCUGCGCCCGUGAAGGUAGGGGCCUGGCAGCAGGGCUGGGGACCGGAGGGAGCCAUGCAGCAGGGCAUCACGCCAGCUGCAACGCAGGUCCUUACCUCGGGGAGAGGCUGUGGAGAUCUCCAUGCCCCCCGCCCCCCACAGAAACCCAGCCAGCAGCUCCUACCACUAUGCACUGCAGCUUUCGCUGGCCUUGUCUGUUUCAGAUACAUGAUGGUGGACAGCGCCGAGGACCAGAAAACACACAGCCCUGUGCCCCCCAAGGAGGCGCCCAAGAAGCUAAUCCGCUACAUUGACAACCAGGUGGUGAGCACCAGGGGAGAGAGGUACACAGACCUUAAGAAGCCAGAGAGCGAGGAGAUGAAGAAAACUUACAUCAGCCUCAAGCCAGCCAGGAAAUACAAAUUCCACUGACGAGCCACCUCUCAAGCCGUCGUCCUGUACCUUGCUGCCCGGGGAUUUCUACACUCUGCUACCUGCAACGCACCCGCCCUGGGAGCCAGUCUGCUCCGCCAGCUCUAAGCGUGACAAGCCACGGAAGGGCCUUUUCAGCCACGCUGCUUGUGCAACCUUCCCCAUCGCCCCUCCGCAGCCCAGAGCCUGCAACCGCUAUGGCAAAUGGCACCAACACGGUUGCUGGGCCCCCUCUGCCGUUCCUUGCACAGGGACUUCUAGCCAAGGUGUGGCUAGUGCAGUAGUGUGUGUAGUGGUGUGUCUCGUGCGCCCGAGUAAAGAUGGCAUGAAGCAGAGUGGGGUCCAGCCAGCACACGUCAGCUCCUAGGAAGGGGCACAGCCCGCAGGUAGCUGGAGACUCCAGCUGCACCCUGUCUGCCACACCCCGCCAGAGGCAUGAGACGGUGCCUGCAGUCUGGCCAACGGCAGCUCCCUCAGCAUGUUCAGUUCACAGCGAUUGGGAACCCUUAGCUAGAAAUUAGGCCUGGCCUGGCGAGCUUCCCACCCCUGCUGGACCUGCAGCUCCAGGCCGCUCCGGGGCCGGGUGGCAGCCCCAGUCCCGUGCUGAGCCGGGACCACAGACCAGGAUGGCGUCUUGCUACACAUCUGACCAAACUCCGGUCAUGUCAGAGUUCCCUGGUGGGGAAUGGCAUCGGCGUCUGCCCCUGCUGUGCAGAACCCCCGGGGCCGCGCUCUUCUCCCUUAGCGGGCAGUGGGGAAC